GAUACGUAAAGAACGAAUGGAGGAAGGUGGAGUGAAUGACGAAGAUGACAAUAGUGGCCUGUUUGCACCACCUCCUGAUAACAAUGAAGAUGACUCAGCUCAGAAAAAUGCCACAAAUGAGGCAUGGAAGACAAUUUCUCAUCCUAUCACAAUCGCAACCAAUUCGCUGGAACUGCCUUGGCGGAUAGUGAAAGUAGGAGAGAAUGCGUUCGAUACACUUUCUGGUGCAGCAAAAGCAGGCUUAUGGCAUUAUCCCAAUACACCUAUGCAAGCUGCUCGAUGUGCUACUUUUGAGGAUUUACGUUCUCGUGGAUACUAUAUGGCAAAAGGUUUACGAUUUGGAGGUGAUUUGAAUGUUUAUCCAGGUGAUCUUUUACGUUAUCAUUCACACUUUACUGCAACUAUUCAAUGUAAGCCUGAGCAAGACAUUCCGGCACAGGAAUUGGUAUCUGCUGGAAGAUUAGGGACUGCGGUCAAAAAAGCACAUUUGCUGUGCACUGUCACCUUGAAUGCUCCCGAUCAAGAUGAGAGUCAAAUUCGACAAGCUCGUUUGGAGGGAAAGGAUGAUCUUGCCAGCGUCAAUUCUUGGGGAUCGGUUGACUACUUCAGCUUGACAUGGGCAGGAUUCGGUACGUGAGAAUGUAUCAUAUUAUAAUCAAUCUGUAAUCUUAUUGCAUUGGUGCAAUUAUCAUCUUGAGCAUAAGCUGAGUUGCUCCGUUCCAUUCCGAAUCCCACCAUAAAUUGUACGUUGAGUCUGACAGAAACUACACCACUGAUUAAGGACUGCCUUCUUGCUGCGUAUUCCAACAUUUCUUGUAUUAUGUCAUCUUGUAUAAGUCUGAUCCAUGAAUGCCUGUAUAGCAAAGCCUCUGACUUAUCGUCUUUUCUGGUCACAUUUGAAUAAUAAUAAAGCAUAAGCCAGCUUCAAGUUACUUGAUGCGUGCCCACAGUCACACUCACGAGCAUCUGAGAAGUUGAUUUAUAAAGGUAGAUUUAACAUUAUUGCUGCCCAGAGGGUUGGUCAAAAAAGACCACGAAAAAUAUGAUCAAUCACACCCGCUUGAGAAGAAUGCGAUGGUGAUGUGAGAGGAAGUUGUUUG